CAAGCAGUUUGUGAAUUACAAAUUUCUGGAGAUAGUUUAAAAAGAUUUGUGAAUACUAGGUGGACUUCAGCAUAUGAAUAUACUUUAUCUGUUGUUCAAUUUCAAUGUGCUUUUAUUAAAGAGCUAGUAGCAUCAGCAACUUUUUUGGAUAAUGAUGAUAAUGAAGAAGAUAUCUUGAUAAUUUUGAAUAUAAUACAUUUAAAUAAUGAGACAUUUCAAGUUGAUGAAUCUAAUAUUGAUAGUGAAGAGGAAUUAUAUAACUAUGAAGAGAUUGAUGAAAAUGAAUCAGUAAUCAGUAAUAAUGAAGGUCAAGAUGUAUUUGAUUUUGACUCUGCUGAUUUAGCAGCAGAGUUG